AUGAGUUUUAAAGGAUUUCAGAAGGCUGUGGUGCGUGUGCCACAGUCACUACGGCAGAAAAUGCACAUGGGAGAGCAGACACAGGAUCCGGUGUAUGAAGAUGCAGAGAGACGGUUCAAGGAGUUGGAGGUUCAAACGAAACGGUUGAACGAUGAAUCUAAGCGGUACCACAGAGCGGUCGAUGCUAUGUUGGAUCACCAAAUUGGGUUUUCCAAGGGAAUCGAGGAGAUUUACAAGCCAAUCAGUGGUAAAGCUUCUGACCCCAACAGUACCAUCCCAGAGGGUAAUCCUGAAGGUAUUGAAGCUUGCGAACAGUUCCGUGAGGUUAUGAAAGAGUUGAAGGAUACUUUGAAACCAGAUUUGGAUCUUAUUGAUACUAAGAUUGUUCAACCCGCACAAGAAUUGUUGAAGAUUAUAGAAGGCAUUAGGAAGAUGGCCACCAAACGUAACCACAAGCAAUUAGAUCUUGAUAGGCACCAGCACUCGCUUAAAAGUCUUCAAGAAAAGCGGGAUAAGGCAGCUAAAACUGAUGAGACCAAAUCCUUGAAGUAUGAAGAGAAAAUAUAUAAGGCUGAGAAUGAUUUGGCCAUUUCCCAACAGGAAUUCGACUAUUACAACGAGAUGAUGAAGGCCGACUUGCCAGCACUGUUCCGAAUGGAGUCCGAGUUCAUUCAUCCCUUGUUUAUCUCGCUUUACUACAUGCAGUUGAAUGUUUUCUAUACCCUUUCGAGCAGAAUGGAGGAGAUGAAAAUCCCAUACUUUGAUUUGUCUUCUGACAUUCUCGAAGCUUUCAAGGCCAAGAGAGGGGAUGUUGAGGAGAGGGCCGAGAGUAUUGGUAUUACUCAUUUCCGUCUCGGCUAUAGCCGGUCAAAGUUGGAUGCAACUAAGCGGAGAUUGGCUGUUCAGCAUGGUGUUGAACCAGGUUCUCCUGGAGCUGUUCCUUACGGUCAGGCUGCUCCUUAUGGUCAAGCUGCUCCAGCAUAUGGUCAGGCUACUCCGGCAUAUGGUCAGGCUGCUCCUUAUGAUCAAGCUGCUCCAGCAUACGGCCAGGCUGCACCAACAUACGGUCAGCCUGCCGUCACACCUGCUCCUGUGUAUGGUCAAUCUCCUGUCGCAGGCUACGGCCAGACACCUCCUCCUUCCACGUCUACUACUGGAUAUGGCUACGGCUACGGCGACAAGAAAACGCCAGCCGGUACUUUCGCUCAAUCUCCUCCUCCUUCGGUAGCAACAGCCAUCCCCCCUACUUAUAGCGCUUCCCCAAUUGCUGCCGUGGCAGCCGCCAUAGCGCCUGGUGCUUCUGGUGAACUUUGUACAGCAUUGUAUGACUACGAUGCCCAAGCAGAUGGCGAUCUCAGCUUCAAAGCUGGAUCACAGAUCACUAUCAUUCAGAAAACGGCCGAUCAGAAUGGCUGGUGGACGGGUUCUCUCAACGGUGCUACUGGUGUUUUCCCAGGUAAUUAUGUUCAACUUAACUAA